CCUCCUUGGCUGCCGAGUUGCGCGCCCACGGCUUCCCCUCCGCUCAGCCCAGGGCCCCCAGCCCCCGAUCCGCUGACCUUGCAACAUUGUACCGAGCAAGGCCACAAACGUCACAGGCGCCCUCCCCAAUCUGGCCUGGACUUACACUUUCUACCCUCAGCGGCCCAAUUCCUGAUAGCCGCGGAGCAACAUCGAACUCUCGCGGCUUGCCCUCACUCGACACAACACAAAGUCACAACUUCAAACUAACGUGUGGUUUCCGAAAGACCAAAGGUCGACGGGUGUCUUCGCUCUUGGAUCUCACCUACCCCACUGCUCAGUCCUCAGCCAGGCCAGCCAGCCCCGCUUGGGUUCAUCAGCCAGCUACACAGGACUUGCUGCCCAAGUGAUUCCACAGUACUUGCACCACACACCGCAGAACGGGGCUGCCGAACCUACUUGCGACACCAAACAGCAACCACCAUGUCCAGGAGCCGAGUUGACUUCGGCGAGAGGGAGUACAUUAGGGAGCCUCCGCGCCGCGCCCCGGCCAGGGAGUACGAUGAGGUGGACAUCCGCGUGCGCGAGCGGGAACCGGCCGGCGACCGCCUGCCCGCUUUCAUGCGCGAGGAGAACAGGCGGGCCGAGCCGGGCCCGUUGGUGCUCAGGCAAAGAGAGAUCGAGACCAUCGAGCGGCCGCGCCGGAGGUCACCCAGCCCCGUCCGCAUACGGGAACGCAUAGUCGAGCGUGCCAGGAGUGUCAGCCCGAGGCGGCUGGACGAGGAGGUGCGCUUCCGCAGGGUCGUCCGCGAACCCAGCCGGGGCCCCGUCGAGAGAGUCCGCUUCGUUCCGCCCCGGUCGCGCUCGCCGUCCCCCGAGGUCCAGCAGCGCAUCCGGAUCGUCGAGAGGGAGAAGGAGCGUUCUCCGAGCCCAGCUCCGCCGCCGCGACCACCCACACCAAAGGUCAUCAAGGGUCCGACAAUCGAGAGAGAAGUAAUCACACACUACCGGGAUAUCGACCACGGAAUUGUGGCCGUCCGUCCACCAACCCCUCCUCCCGCCCGCCACAAACACCGCGACACGGAGAUCGACGUGUACACAUCGCGCGGCGAGACCGAGGUCGACAUUCACAGGCGCGCCCCCUCGCGCUCCCGUGGCCGGUCCCCAUCACGUGAGCGGGUAUCACGGCGCCCGCCCCCGGGCUGGGACGACGAGGUACUCGUGGAGGCGGACCGCAAGCACCUGUUGGUGGACAUCGAGCACCGGCGGGGGCGGCGGGCGCACUCGGCGGCGCCUCCGCGGAUCGACUACGACGACGAGGCGUACGAGAUCACGUCCAAGAUCGACAGGCGCGGCAAGAUGGGCGAGGCCUCCAACGGCAUCACCAGGGACUGGACCAUCAUCGACGUGCCGCCGGGCACGGAGCGCGUGCGCAUGGACGGCGCCGGCGGCGCCUCGGCCGAGGUGACGUGGCAGAAGUACAGCGGCGUGCGCCGCGCCCGCUUCAUUCCCGAGCGCGACGACAAGGGCUCGGUCGUGUCGGCCGCGUCGACCGAGCUGCGCGCGCCCGCCGAUCGCGAGCGCCGCCUGAGCGUGCACGUCGUCGACAAGGACCGCGGCGGCGGCGACCGCGAGAUCGACAUCGAGAAGGUCACGGACCGCCGCGUCGCCGUCCGCGGGCCGUCCCCCCGCCGCUCCGAAACCUGGACCGAGAUCACCAAGGACCUGGUCUGCCGCGAGGCCAUCCAGGAACUGGGCUACGAAUUCGAAGAGACCGAGUACUUCUACUACAUUGUCGAGUAUCUAGCCUACGAGGACGUCCUCCGCCUGGUCCAGCUCUCGGACCGCAUCCGCGCCGCCCGCAGGGAGCGCGCCCGCGAGAUCGCCUGGGAGCGCGAGUGGCGCGACGACUGGGACCGCGAGCGCGAGCAUCGCGGUCGCCACCACCACCGCCACCACCAUCACCGCAACCGCUACUCGGUCGACUACACCGACUACACCGACGACGAGCGCGUCGUUGAGCGCGAGAUCAUCUGGGAUACUCGCCAUCCUGGGAAGGGGUACCGGCAUUGAUUUUUUUUUUUUUUUUUUUUUUUUUUUUUUUUUUUUUUGUGGGCUUCGUUGUUCGCGCGGCUUUUGCAUCAUCGGGUUGCUUG